UGGUGUUACAUCUGUAAAAGUAUCUCGCGUAUGAAGGCGAGAGGAAAAACGCAUAAUGUUGAGUGUUUUCGGUUUGUGGUGAGCGGUGAGCGUUGAAAGAGAAGAAGAAGAAGUAUGUUUUGGUUGUCUUCCCUCCAAAAACUGUUCCACCUGCUCCACCACGAUGUCUUCCAUUCCAAAGAAUGUCUUUUUAUUAAUUAUGUUUUGGUUUUCUUCCCUCCAAAAACUGUUCCUGCUCCACCACCACGAUGUCUUCCAAAGAAUGUCUUUUUAUUAAUUAUACUAAAGAGUAAAUGGGGUAUUGCGUUGGUGCCUUUGAUUUGAAACCCUGAAACCAUGUCUCAAAGGCCAACACCAAAACAGUCUCAGCUGAGAUCGCUGCUUCAACUAUUAGAUCAAGACCCUGAUGCCGUUGAAGAAUUCCUAAGUCAAAGAACGUCAACAGAGCCCGUUUCAGGAGAUACCCCCAGAGGUUUACUUGGUUCCAGUGGAUUGAUUUCUUCACAAGGCACUUCGAGAGGAUUGUUUGCUGGAGGCACUCCACGACAAAAAAAUCAAGGGAACCAGUUAGUAUCAACGACCAAAUUACUUGGUAGUAAGAGCAAGAAAACCACAGUGGAACCACUAGAUAUCUCCUUCUGUAGAAAGCUCAUUUUACUUCGUGAUCACAAUCACCGAAAGGUUCUUACUGAAAGUGAAGAGGCUGAACAUUGUCGUGCUAAUAAUGUGUGUGACUCAGCAACCUUUCAAACAAAUUGGUCCGAAGCAAAAAUCAAGGAUCACAUUCGAGCUAUCUUUAACCAAGGUGACGUGAAGAAAAUUAAUAACGAGGAAUUAAAAAUCCUUAAAAUCGUGAAACAGAGCCACCUUGCGAACUAUUUCCUAGAGCCGGGCGCUGAACUCAAUGGCAGGUUUCUUAAUGAAUAUUCCAAGGGAAUUAUAUACAUCAGCGCCGUUCCUAGUGACAAUGAAGCCAAUGCUUUAGUGCCCAAAACAGGGAAAGUAAAUAAGGAUCCGAGUUUCAGUGCAUCUGGCUCUCCCCAACCCUCCACUUCCACCACCUCUCGGCAGUGUGAUUAUGAUGUUUCCCAUUGCUUGCCCAAAGGAAGAACCAUUGCAUUUGAUUCAUCAGAAUCUUCAGACGAGGACAUUUUCCUGCCAAAAAAGAGACCGAAAGAGACAGCAAAACCGAUCACCAAAACAGAGCAUCGCAGCAGUGAUAUUUACACAGAUCCGAACGGUAGACACUGGUUUUUUGAUGAUAACGGAGUUGGACACGAAUUGGUCGACGCAUCCACCACUACCAGGAGGAGCGUUUCAAUGGCAAUUGAUAUGGCCAAGACCAGAAUCACCGGACCCUACAAACUUUUAACGUUGCGAAGGUCUCAAGUUUUGCAGGAUCUGUUACAAAACCUGAUGGAGUGUCCUUCAGUACCCGUAGCUGACAUCUCUAUGCGGUUGAUGAACGAACGUGGUGUGGGAAAAGGAGUAAUGAAAGAGGUGAUGACACUUGCUAUGCAGGAAGUCAUCAAGUCAGACCUAUUCGAAGGUAACGAAUACUGCAAGACAUUAAAGAAGAGCAUCAUCGCCGAGCGGAUUGGGGAGUACCAAUCAUAUGGUUUCAUCAUUGCAUUUUCAAUAGUACAUGAUGGCCCGAUGCCAACAUUUUUUAGUCCCGUUCUUGUGGAUCUUAUUUUUAAUUCUGAUCCAGUAACUGCGACCCUAGAUGAUGUGUUAAAUCUGCACGUCAAGGCUCAGAUAACGGCGUUAAAGCAAGCCGAAAACUAUGCAGAUGCCAGGUCAGCUUUAGCAGAUGGAGAAAUUUUUGAACGCGCUGGCACCUACCAACAACUCAGCGAAUCAAACUGGUUUGAGCAGCGAGAAAUAGCAAUAAAAGAUGCCAUAGAAUUCUAUUGCAUACAGAAUGUUAGAGAACCAGCACGUCUUCUAGGGUUUGGCUUAAAUAGAUAUUACAGUCUAAUUGAUGAAUUGAAACACUGCGAUAUGGCUGAUGUGAAGCAACUUUUUUGUCACAGCCAUCCUAAAAACGCCAUCCUUUCGGCUAAAAUGAUGAAGGAAUUAUUCAAAGUUUCUCCUGAAGAUGCAAAGACACCUGCUUACAAGAACUGGCUUCGUUUUUUAGACGAAUUAGAAAAGAAAACAGCUGCACCUGGUCUUGAGUUGAAGGACAUGCUUCGCUUCGCGACUGGCCUUGAUUCAGUGCCACCCUUUGGAUUCAAAACAAGCAAGCCUGUGAUAAAGAUUGAGCCUUUACUAAUGCCAAAAGGCAAAAUUUGUUUUAACCAACUUACGCUGCCUUCCCUUAAUGCUUCUUACUUCGAGUUUAAGACGAUGAUGGAAACAGCAAUGGAAUUUGGUUCUGAACUGGACGAGGCGUAACCUUUUUACAUUCCCUCCUUUAAUGUAAUUAUGUCCUGUGUCGGUGCCUUUAGUGUUUUUCUAAUAGAAUAAGUUGCGUGUUGUCUCUAAGACUGAGUUACCAAAGUUGACUUGGAUUUGAAAAAAGGGACUAGGGUUAGCACCUGCCUCAGAGCCUUCUGCGAAGUGUAAAAAAUUUUCAGCUUGAAAAUGGUCGAAGUUUAAAAUGGCGAAAAAUUGCGGGAAAUUUCUGAAAUUGAAAAUCCAGAAAUUGUGUUUUUCAAAAUACCUCAUAGUUCCAGAAAAAUACUGCUGGAACGCUAAAAGUGUUGCAUUAUUGAAAGUUGAAGGAUCUUAAUGGUUUAACACCGUUUAAUCAUCGAAAUGGAUGGAUUUUUCUAAAAACCUAUACUUUUCUGAACUUAAGGGUAUUUUGAUAAACAGAAUUUCUGGAUUUACAAUUUCUGAAGUUUCUCCUCGAUUAGCUGCCAUUUUAAAAUUUGAUCAUUUUCAAGCUGAAACAUUUUCACCUUAGUCUGUUAUCGUGCUCACGACAUAUUUUUUUCUUAAAAGUAGACAUAUUUAUCUUUAAUAAUCCCAGGUCGAACGUUUUUCUACGACAUUUAGAAGCUGCACAAUUAAUUCUCAAAAAUUGGUCUGAUUCAGACAUUGAACAGCCAUAACUCGUGAACGACUGGUCCAAACUACAAAAACUUGGGGUCAUUUUAUUUGUAAUAUUAAGGCCUAUUCAAUGGACCAUAAAUAACUAGGGGUUACCAUAAGAGAUUUCAAAGUUGAACACUGUGCGAGCCCCUCCUAAAGCGGCUCAAUUUUGACAACCCCCCCCCACCCCCCUAAAAAGUUUCCUCCUCGAUGCAAUAAAAAUUGCUGCAAACCCGAAGUUUCUAUCUCUAUUCAUUCUGAAAUAAAAUUUAUUUUUCAGUUACUUUUUGGAAACCCGGUAUGUAAGGAUGUGUAAUGACGCAUUUGUUUUCAUUUUUUUUAACAAAUAAAAUGUUCAAUAUUGGGUGCAAUCCAA